CCGUCGAGGCUGCAGAUCAUAGUAUUUUUUUGCUUGGUCGAUGCAAGUUGUUUCUUCAACAUUCCAUCAUAUAUAUACCCAACAAUUCAAAAUAAAAAAUACGGAAUAUCACCCUGAAAGUACACUAAUCGAACACUUGUGAUUUUCAUGCUCAUUUUCACCGUCGCAUCAAAGGCAUAUAAAGUCCCAAUUUUUAUUACAAAACCAGCAAUUCAUGUAGUUUACCGGCGUUUUUCCAGAGGAAUCGAAGAAUGAACAAACAUUUGGGUUGGAGCGGAGCGGAUUUGUUAGUGUAUUGUUUUGCGCCAGCGUACCACGUUACCGCGAAGCUGUCACGUUUUCCUUACCUCAUCACGUGGAACGCUCAAACAAAUAUUGUUCGAGAAAUUCUUGUAGAAAAUCUUGAAGUGUGAGGUAACAAAAUGAGUGAAGACAGUGAAAACGUAGAAUCGGUCUCGGAAGACGUUGAGGGUCUUGAAUUCUACACUGAUGCUGCAAAAUAUUGGGAUAAAGUACCUCCCACCGUUGAUGGAAUGUUGGGAGGUUUUGGUUUCAUUUCGAACACCGACAUUGAAGGUUCCCAGGGUUUUUUAAAGAUUAUUUUUAAGAUGAAAAAUGCACCUGAAAAAAAUUAUGCUCUGGACUGUGGUAGUGGAAUUGGUAGAAUAACGAAGAACCUAUUGACAAAGCAUUUCAAAAAAGUCGAUCUGGUUGAACAAUCCAGCAAAUUUUUAGAAGCUGCCAAAGUAUCGUUGGCCUCGUGUUCAUCAAGAAUAGGAGAAUUUUAUCCGCAAGGGUUGCAAGAUUUUUCUCCGGCACCUGAAAAAUAUGAUGUUAUUUGGUGUCAAUGGGUCCUAGGCCAUCUCAAAGAUGCUGACUUAAUACAAUUUUUUAAAAAAUGCAUCCCAGCUUUGAGAAAUAAAGGCGUCCUCGUGGUAAAGGAAAACGUCACGAGUUCGGAUAAAUUGGAAAUUGACACACAAGAUUCUUCUGUAACGAGGCCUCUUACAGAGCUGAAAAAAUGUUUUGAGAAAGCUGGACUUAUUUGCCUGUCAGAACAAGUACAGCACAGAUUGCCUAAAGGACUAUUUCCCGUUUACAUGUUUGCUUUGAGAGCUGCUAAACCAAUGGAUCAAGGAUAAAUACAAAAUUUAAUGCAAUGAGAUUAUUUUUUAUCAAAAAAGAAAUUUUAAUACUACGUUUAUAAAUUUUUUGGAAAGACAAACAAGACAAAAAAUGUAUAUAUUUAUUUUGGUCGUAUUUUUUCAUACAUAAAAUGUUGAUUAGCAUCUUGCGGGGAUGCGUUGAUGAGACGUUUCUUAACGGAAUGGAAUUGCGCAAGA